AUGGGUUCCCGCGUUCAUGUACUUGAGGGUGGUGACCUCGCUCGCUUCCUAGACUUCAUGGGCGGCUCUUCGAGAGCCCAAAAGAUGGCCGAAGACGGCGUGGCUGCAUCUGUAAUUCUCUUCAGUUGUCUCCCCGACCCCAAGGACGAUCCAUAUCUGGUCAUGUACGCGGCUCAGGACAAUGAUGCAGCUGGGCAACCAGGCGCGUCCCGCUGUAUGAUGCUUCAAUCCGAACUUCUAGCAGCUCUCAAGGGGUUUGUUAAAGCAAUUGACCGCGGCAACCCAACGGAUUCGGAUGCAAAGUUCCUCGAACAGACUGCCAGGGAGGUGUCCAUGGGCCAGCCGCCGAAAGACUUUGUCCUUGCUCUUGCCCGCUUGGGCAUGAAGAUGGGAGACUCCCUUACGGAUGUCAGCAGCGACGACAAGAAGGCACAGCAUCUGGCCUACUACCGCUGGCUCGUGCUGGGUAGGAAGGACGAGAAUUCGCCCCUCAAGGAUGCAAAGCCGACUACAGCGCCUGUUUCGCACGCAUAUCUUCCCACCGGCAAUGCCCAUCGCACCUGUGCCAACUGUGGAAAAGACGGAGCAACUCAAGCCUGCACAGGCUGCCUCGUCCAGCAUGAUGGCCAUGCCAUCUUCCGCACCGGCUACUGCGGCAAGGCUUGUCAGGCUGCCGACUGGAAGAGCCACAAGUCUGAUUGUCGGGACUUGAUGCGCCUGGAGCGUGCGACCUCCCUGCUUCAAGAAAUCAUCGUCUGCUUCUUGAAGAACGUCUACGGCGGAGACGAUAUCAGCGAGAUAUCCGAGACCAAGGACUUUGUCGUCGCCAGGUACAAGUCGAAAAACACUGGCUACACUGGCGAGCCCGUCUUACACUCGUUCCCGAUGGUCGCCGCCUCGUCAACCGAAGCUGGCCUUGCCACCAUGAUGACCAUGGAAUGCGACAACAUCAUGACCACAUUCAAGGAUGUGUUUGACAUGUUCUUCUCUGGUGCCGUGAAGUCGAUCAAGAUAGUCAACUUCGCCCCGAAGAACAUGGAGCGGCCCGUCAAGUCAGGAUAUGGAGACGGCGAGGUCCUGGAGUCGUUCAAUUCGAUCCACAACCAUACCGUUCUGCUUCUGACCACAACGGGUGGACUCGAUAUCGCCUUUGACCCCACGGGUGCGCAAUUUGGUUGGAAGGAGACUAUCACCCCCUGGAAGGUGUAUUCAGAGCAGCGAGUUCACCGAGUUGUCACUGUGCAGCCUUUCAAGGAUAUUCAAUCCACGAAGCAGCUCAAGGAGUUCUACAAGUUGCAGGGAGCCUUCAUGGGAGUAGCUGGCACCGACGUGGUGUGCAGAGAGGUCGAGAAGGAGGCUAAGGUCACGGAGGACUUGAUUGUGAAGAUCAAAUCCUCGCUCCGAGAAUUUCCAAACCAGGGAGAGUUCAAUGAGUUGCUCCUCCUGGACGGAAAGGCAUUCUCGGACCUUCGCAGGCUUAUCAUGACUCGAGCCAAGACUGUCAUUGUUAGAACUGCCAGUGAGUGGGACAGCAGCCCGUUGGACCGUCUCUACCGCGACCAUCACCUUGUGACUCAGUACACGACCUCACAGGAGCAGUACGACAAGCUCAAGAAGGUCUGGUUCAGCAAGGAGCAGUACGAGCGGCUCCAGAACAACCCUGCCGAGCUCAAGUUGCAAUGGUUGAAGCGUCUGAGACAAGCCGGCAUCCCUACGGGAUUCUCUCAACGCUCCUAG